CUAUCGGAAGUUGGUAAUGUAAACCGUGAGCCAAUAGCGCACAGGGACUUGAGGAUAGAGCCAGGUGCAAGGGAGGUUCCCAGGAAGCGGCAGCUCCAGGAUUGAGCAGAGUCAGGGAGAAAGAAGGCAAAGAGGUUCCAAAGACAGACACAUUUUUCUCUUCUUGUGGACUAUGUGGGAUCCCAAUGCAGGCCAGCCAGGUGCCUAUCCUGGAGCAGCCUUUCCUCCCAACCCUUCAUACCCAGCUGGCUCCAAUCCUGCAUACCCUCCCCCUGUGAAUCCUGCCUUCCCCCCAGGCCCUGUACCUGCUGGCUCCUAUCCUGCUCCCCCAGCAGGGAUCCCAGGACAACCUGCAUACCCACCGGGCCAUCCUAUUCAGCCCCCAUAUCCUGGGCAGCAGCCCGGCUACCCUGUCCCACCUGGUGGUCCUUACCCCCCACCUGCUCCUGGGAUGCCUGGAGGAGUGGGGGUUAAUCCUUUGCUGCCUGGGGCUGUUGCCAUGGGAACCCAUGGGAUGGAUAAGAAGGCAGCAAAGAAGAUGAAGAAGAAGAUGAAGAAGGCCCACAAGACGCACAAGACGCACAAACUCCAUAAGCUGCAUGGGAAGCAUUCUUCCUCCUCCUCUUCCAGUAGCAGUGACUCCGACUGAAGCCUCUUCCUCCUUUCCAGCUGUAUUCUCUUCCUACAAAUGAUGAUUCUCGCACCACUUCUCCUGCUUCCAUCCAAUACUAAUCUCUUGAAUUGUCAUCAGAUAAAAUGACGCCUGCUUGCAGCUCAUCCUGUCUUGUAGGACUGGGCCAAACUUCAUGUUUAUCCCAAUGGCAUGUGCAAUCAUCUGCAGCGCCUGAUGGGAACUCUGGUGUUGCUGAUUAAACAGGGUUGGUGUGAUUGGCUGCUUUGUCUUAACAAGCUAAAAACAGUGCACCUGAAAAUAUGAACGGCAGCACCCUUUCACCUUCUGAAAUGUAGGCUAUCCAUCCCUGUAGCAAAUCAAGUCAUCUCUGCUUUCUGACAGGCUUCUGCAGGCAGUUGAACAUCGAUCAGAUAGGCUGAGGUUAAUUUUGGUGUUGGAUCAAGAGUUGGCCCAAGUGCUUUGGAAAUUACUCCUCCUCCGCCCCCAAAGUGAAUAUUUUAAAGUUCCUUAUUGGGGAAGCAUCCAACAGAAGAAGAGACUGUCCUAUAUUCUAAUCAUACCUGAUAAAUGCUUAUGGCUUAUUUAAUAUAAACUAGAAUGAUGGGAUUUUGAAAAUCACAAAAAUGUACUUGGUCAAAGAUAAUUGUAUACUUGGGCAUGCUUCAGUGGCUUUAUUAUACGAUUUGAGGGACUCAUUAAUUUCUUUAUGGGACUGAAGCCAAGAAGCUUGUUUGGGAUAUGUGUCAGUUUAAUUCAGUAUGGGAGAACAGUCACCAAUGAGUUGGUCUCUCACAUUAUGUUUCAUUAUUAUAAUGCUGUAUUGAUGGAUGCAAUUCUUCCUGGUCCCAAGUGGGCAUCUGGUUUGAAGUGACUACGAAUGUCUUUACAAUUCCUACAUGAGAAUGUAUGCUCAUAUAGAUUGUAAGUGUCAAUAGUCUGCUCCAAGCUGUGGCAUUUAAAGGGAGCAUGUUCUAGCUUGCUCUAUAUGACUGUGUGGUUGACUGCUGGCACUCAGUAGAAAAAGGGCUGCUUUGAUACUACUGGGAUGUAGAGUUUGCGUUUAUGAAAUGAAAAUUACACUUGGAAGUUGCAUUUGACCAACCAAUUAGUGUGUAGAGGCUGCAUGUCCCAGAAUGCUUGACCUGACUCAUCUGUGCAAGUUGGACGAAGAUGGAUUAACACUAUACAGUUCUGGGAAGCACUGCUGUUCUGUAGUUGACAGGAAAUGAUGCUGAGCCCAAAGAGGACUAUGCCUGCUAUGACUGCUUGUGUCCUAGUUUGUAGCUCUUCCUCCUUUCCCCCUACCCUCUGGCUAUAUAAGUAGCAUGUCCAAAUCUGCCUGCCGUGUACUAGUUUCUUGUUGCUUGUGUCUCAGUAAAAGAUUUUGGAUUUAAUACAGA